AUGAGAGAACUGAAUGAGUCAGGGAGAGUCGAGAGUCAGGCAGAGAGCUCGCUGAGUGACUGACAAGCCUGUCAGCCCAGUGGAUUAGAUGAGCAGUCUGCUUGGAAUCAAGACAAUGGCAUUUUUGUGUUUGUUUUGCUGAGUGUGGGUCUGGAUUGUACCUCAGGGUCCUGUGGACUCCCACCACCAAAGCUACACCAACAGCACUCCCAGGCACUUCCAGCACCACCAGCAGCAGCAGCAGGUUAGACAGAGUGGAAUUUCCCUCCUCUCUCCCCCGGCUGGGGCUGGGGGCAUAUGGUCGCUCUCAGACUUUGAGCAGGACACAGGAAGGAGAGUGAGAGGAGAGGAAGGGUGGGAGGAGGGCUGGACAGGGGGAGAGUAAGAGAAGUGAGGAGUGGACAGAAGAGGAGACAUGCUUCGCUACGGUUCAGGACGAAAUGUUUCCACCACCACAACAGAGGAAUCUCCCGACUCGGAGAGGAGGAUCAGACGUCUCAGGUUGACUCUCCAUGCGGGAGACAAUGGGAGCAACGAGCCAAAAACAACCAACUCAGACACAGCUCAGAGAGAGAAAGACGUCAGUGGCGCCUUGAAGAAGAAGAAUGGGCUGAUCCAAAGAGGGAGGCCAGCUGGCAGGGAGUCACCUCAGCAGCACCCUGGAGACACGGCCAAUGGGGUGCCAGAGUCCUCGACGCAGCAUCAUGGGCCCAAAGUGUACGGCGUGGUGCAGAGGGCGAGCGCCGACAGACAGCAGGAGGUGAUGGCGCGGGAGUGGACGGUCACUCACCUGAACGAUGAGAUGAAGUACAUCAAGGAGGUGAGAGAUUCACUGGAGAAGGUGAGAGAGAGGAUGUACGGUCAGUUUGGAGGAAUGCAGCAAUCCAUGCAGAAGCUUUCACAGGAAAUCAGGUCUGCAAACUCACAUCGCAGGAGUCUGGAGUCAGAGGUGAGGGUCCGGACGGAGGCCAUGGACAGCUUCGAUCAGAUGAACAGCUCCCUCAUCACUGACAACAUCAGCCUGCAGUCUCCUUUGCAGAAAUCCGUUCUGGAGAACUGUCAGAGCCGACUGGACACCAGAGAGGAGGUGAAGAGCUUGCGGAUCAACUGUGAGAAAACACAAGAGAAGCUCAGGGACAAAGAGAGGGAGCUGGCCGCUGCGCAGGUGGAAAACCAGACUCUGAGGCUGCAGGUGGAGUCUUCGCAGGAGGCCAACGUUCAGGCGCUGCAGGAGCUCUCCGAGAAGCUGCAGAGGGAGUACGAUGAGAAGCUUCUGGAAGAACAACGGAGGCACAGGGAGGAGAUUGAAAACCUACAGGCGCAACUGGAUGAGUACAUCAGGCGACUGGAGGACGCAGAGAGGCACAUCAGGACUGCAGAGGCCACGAUCAGUGAGAGGGACCAGAGGAUCAUUGAGCUGGAGCGUCUGCUGGACUGUAUGAGCAAGGAAAAGAGUCAACUCAACAAGAAGCUUCAGGAGUGUGAACAGCGCCUCCGCCUGGUGGAGCUGAAAGACACAACUGACUCGACUGCGUCCAAGAGGUCCAAAGAGCUGCAGGACGAAGCAGGGGAUCUCCGAGAGAGAAUCAAACACUUGAACGACAUGGUGUUCUGCCAGCAGAGGAAAGUCAAAGGAAUGAUCGAGGAGGUUCAAACUCUGCGAGCUCAAGUCGCCCAGAAGGACAUGUUCAUCUCCGAGCUUCUGGACAGGAUAGCAAUAGUGGAGUGUGAGAAUAAUGAGUUAGAAGACAAGCUGAAGUAUUUUAUGUCCACACAGAAUAGGCCUCGAGAGGCUUUGGAAACCAGGGAGAUCGGAGUAGGCUGCGAUCUGCUCCCCAGACGUGAAGUACAGAGUCAUGACACGCUCCAACCGACUCAUCUCCAUCCCAAUCAACUCCCACCCCUCGCUCUGCCGCCGCCAUCAAUGAAACCUCCAUCAGCCACAAACCCCUUAUUACCCUCACAACCUCUGUCACCAACACAACCUCUGUCACCCUUCCAACCUCUGUCACCAACACAACCUCUGUCACCAACACAACCUCUGUCACCCACACAACCUCUGUCACCCACACAACCUCUGUCACCCACAAAACCGCAGUCGCCAUUCCACCCUCUCUCACCAACACAACCUCUGUCACCCUUUCAACCUCUCUCACCCUCACAACCUCUGUCACCCACACAACCUCUGUCGCCCACACAGCUUCCACCCCCCCUCCAGCCCUCAUCCUCAACACAACCUCUGCCCUCCACGCAACCUUUACCCCCUCCACCUCCCCUUCAGCAUCCAUCGUUAUAUCUGACAAUGCCCUCCCGACCGAGGACGUUCAGGCCUAGUAACCCUCCGCCCAGCAGGCUGGAGUCUAGUUUACUGAGAUACACUCCUGUCGAAUACAGCCGCACCCUGGUGUCCUCCCCCCCGGCGCAGAGUGGGACGUACCCCUACAACCGCCCAGCUGAGCCUGAGACGCCGGUGAGCCCCGGGAGAGACGAGGUGGACGCUGCAACGAACCCAGACGCAAGCUCCAGUCCGGAGCAAUCCACUUCCUCCCAGCCGUCUCCUAGAGCUCGAUCGAGAGCAUCUGGAGUUUAUACACCGUUCAUGAGACUGAUGGAAAUCACAGCAAAUAUAAAAAUAGAACCAUCUUAAAGCAAUAGUAAUAUUUAUAUAGGUUUUGGGAAAUACACUUUACCUCUUGCUUCGCUGAGUUACAUAAGAAGAUUGAGACCACUCCUGUUUUUAUACUACCGAUGAUGCAGUAAAUUAGCUUAGCUUAGCAAUAAUGCUGAAGAAAAGGAAAACAGCUGCAGCUAUGUUCUCACUACAGGCUCAACUGGACUAAAUCACAGUUUUUUUGUUCAUAUAUGAUGCAUGGCAGUUUUUCACGACGGUCAUAUUAAUCGGUUAGUUCACGACAGAGGCCAGUUCACAUUGAAGUCUGAUCCCGGCCACAUUAUUUUUGUCCACAUUUUAGAAAUAAAAAGAACUUCUAAACAAACAACACUAUCCGAGAAAUUAAUCCAAAUUGAGCACCAAGACCUGCAGUGUGAACGUGGCCAGAAUCUGCCCUCCAGCAUCUUGAAAGCUGAUUGGAGGCAGUGAAGUGUAAAGUUAUCAGUUAAACAGGAGUUAUCUCUGUUGCCAUUGCUCUCAACCAAUAAUUAGUCCUCAUCAAACAGUAUGUCUAUGAAUUAAAAACUAUGUUGUUGAGAUUUAGACCUGUUUUGGAUACGUCUGGACAGAGAUUUGUCAAAUCAGUACAUUAUGAACAUGUCCAUUAAAUAUGUUUAUGUUUAACACUAAGCAAACUGCAGUUACACAUAUGAACGUGGUACUGAUCCUCUCUUCUAUUCCUCAGCAAAGAAAGAUAAUAAGUUUAACUUUUAAAAUGUUAAACUAUUCCCUUAAAGCUGAGUUGGCUUCGGACUGAUAGUUUUAAAUGUCUUGUGACCACUGAUCUCACUUUUACCAGUAAGAAGCUGACACAUUAAUGAGUUAUACUGUGUAGAAUAGGAAUCUGGUCGAUAAUGAAAAGUCUGUAUUUUCUAUUAAAUUCUGAUUCUCUGUGUGCACAUAGCACUAUUAAUUGUGAUACAUGUUGAAGGGUGUAAAUAAUCGAAUGCUCUGUAAAAAAAACUUUUUGUAAAUAACAUAUUGAAGGAUUAUGAUUUUUUUGUUUACAUUGAACGUAGCCUACGUAUAUGAAGGUUAUUUAGUGUAUUAUCAUAUCAUUUUUUAUUGGGUCUGUACAAAUUAAAUGAAUCUUAUUUUGUUACUGUCACAUUAUGUACAUUAUAUUUAUUAACAUGCUUCAUGCCUUUGUGAGCAGCUGUUAUCUGAUACUGGUGGUGGAGAUGAAUCUCAACAGGGUAAUAUAAUAACAACGAUAAUAACUGUACAUUUAUGUGGUGAUGACAAAACUAAAUGUAUUUACCGUGAUGGGGUGACUGCCAUUUGUGAGCCGCUGGCACACGUGUUAUCCAGCUGUUGUCUGCACUGCCACGACUGUGAUAGGAAAAUACAUCAUGAUGUGCCUUUACCUUAAUGCUACAUAUCAAACUGCAACUAAUGAGAUGAGGCCAGCAGAGGGUUGGCUAAUAAAGACUUUACUGUACAGGUA